AUUUUUUAUUUUAUUUUUUGUUCUUUACCAAUUCAAUCUCGAUUGCUUUUUUAUUGCCCUUCCGGAUCCGUCUCUCCUCCUCCUCCUCCUCCUCUCAAUUGAAUCGGCGCCAUGGCUACUGCUGCAGCUGAAGAAGGUAACGGGGCAUACCCGGAGAUGAUCAUGGAAGCGAUCGCAGAGCUGGGCGAAGGGGGCGGCGCCGACAAGGCGGCCAUUUCGAACUACAUCGAGUCCAAGCAAAAGGACCUGCCGCCGGACCACUCGUCGCUUCUCGCGACGCACCUCGACCGCAUGAAGGAGAACGGGGAGCUCCUGCUCGUCGACGGAAACUACACGAAGCCGGCUUCCAGCACGCUCGCGAAGCGAGGCCGCGGCCGGCCGCCCAAGCCCAAGCCGGAGCUCGCCGCCGGCGCAGAGGUGCCCUCGCCCCGUCCUCGUGGACGGCCGCCGAAGCCGAAGGAUCCGCUGGCCGACGCCGUCGCCAAGGUGGCUUCCGGGUUUCCCCGCCCGCGUGGCCGGCCUCCGAAGGCCGACCGUGCCGCGGAUUCGGGGACGAGCGCCGCUGUGGUCGGCGUCAAGCGGGGGCGCGGGCGGCCUCCGAAGGUGAAGCCCGCGCUCGUGGCCGAAGCGGUCUGAGUGGAGCAGGAGCGAACCGGGACACUUCGACAGGAUUUGAAGUCAACCGCUCGUAGACUGCUUGCUUGUGUUAGUUGUACUUUCAGUCGUCGUCUGAUGUAGCCAUAAGGUUUGUUUAAGUUUGAAAUCUCUGCGUGUAGAGGGUUUGGUUGAUUGUGAUAUUUUGAUAACGACCCACUAAAAGCUAAUUACUGCUCUCCAAUUAUGAUUA